AUGGAGUUCAACUAUGACGACCAGCACAUCUUCUCCGAGUUCGAAGAUCCCGAACGGAAACGCCUGAUCGGGAAGAUCCACAACAUCCAUCCCGAGCUGGCCGAAGUCCCACGCGAGUUGCUAUACCCGAUCUGGUUCGCCGAUUUGAAGGUAUUGAAGAAACUCGCAGCGACCGGUGAAGAUGCCAAUGGGGCCUUUGACAAACUGGAAGCCUCUACUGGUACUUUGUACAAUGUCCCUUUGAUCUGCACUGCCAACAAGUCUGGACCUUUCAUGGAGAUACUCAAGAAUCUCAAGCUUCAAUCUCGCCGACGAGCUUCGUUCAAGUGCGCGCUCACCGGAGCUGGAAUACUAGAUACCAAAACCUGCUAUAUUAUUCCAUCGGCUCUACAGGGCAAAGAAGAUGACUCUCUCGAGAAAGAAGGGGUCUGGGGAUUCCUAGAGAAUUUCUGGGGCAAGGAAAAAGUUCUCGACUGGAAAGGAUUGCUUCUCAAAAACUCUGCAAUGGGUUCUAGAAUGGAAUUAUAUACUCCUUUCAAUGUGAUUGACCUGGAUAUGUAUGUGCAGCGACUUUGGGCCAUGGCACUCGUGGCAUUGCGACCCAUUGCAGUCAACCGGGAUCGAACGGAGAUGCAGAUUGCGCUUCAUUGGCUUCCUCUUCCGACCGAGUUGGGCAAUAUCAAACGCAGUGAUAAAGUGUUCAUCUUACAAAACCCAUAUCAGGACAUCAAAUAUCGGCCUGUUGAAAUCCGCGCGGAUAUGAUGGGGCCGUUCAUUCUCCUGGAGGAUGGAACAUUGGUUCGGGUGUCCUCCGGGCAUAUCCUCACAGUAAGGACCGAUGAUCCAGAUGCCCGUCCGUUACCCUCAUUCGGGUUAUUGGAGUUGAGGUGGCACCUUUCGCGCAUCGUAGCAUUUCAGGGUGCAGGGGAGGAUGAGGAGAGUCGUGCUCUCGAUGUUUGCAAGUACGACCCCGAAUCCGAUUCAGAUACUGAUCGGGCGAUGACUGAGUUCUAA